AUGUCCGCGCCUCUGCGGCAGGACUUUGACCCUGCCGUUGGUGACAUUGUGGAAUAUGAGAUCUUCGAAACCGGUACAGCGCCUGGGGGCUGGGCUGUGGCGCAGGUGCAAGCACGUUUCGAUGCACUCUGGCAACUGCGCUGGCCGGAGCAGGGUCCCUCGGGCGAGGUUUUGAUGCCUCGGUCGCGGCUUCGGCCAUGCUCCAGCCGGGAAGGGAAUGUGGCUGGCGUCUUGCAGAAAGAGGAGGUGAUGGUCGAUCCACUCUAUGUGCGAUGGCUGGACUCUUCUCAUGCAGCCAUUGCUUUCCGACGUGUGGAAUGCCUUGCUGUGGGUCUGCAGACAGGAGAUGCACGCUGCGCCCCUUCGGACUUGCUGAAGGUGCAUGGCUCAAACAAAAAGGAGGCGAAGGUCAUUGCUGUUGGUACGAAGAAGGCAGUGCAACGAGCCAAGAUGCUGAUACCUUCCAUCUUGCAGAACCAAGAGAAGGCGAAGCGUUUUGAGGAGGCGCAGCAUACGCGAAACAAAGCGCUGGCUGAGCGGCAGGCAAAGAAGAUUGGAGAAGCAGACCCACGCCGGAAAGCUGUGGAAGGCUUCUUCAAAGAGGAGUUUACCCUGCGGCAGUCGGCUGUAGGACGCUUCAUCGGAAAAAGCGGUGCCAACAUUCAGGCCCUUCAGAAAGAGCACGGCGUCAGAAUCUUGGUGGAAGAUGCAGAGGAUCCAGACGUGAAGCGCGUUUUUGUCCUCGGCCCGAAGGAGGAGGCCGUCCACGCCGUUCGGGAUCUUGCCGAAGUGGUGGAGCACCGGCUGACGCUGGAGAAGGGAAGGAAGAGCUGGGCCUUGGGUCGCAAUGGGACGGUUGCCGGAAGAGUGCAGACUGCUAGCGGCCUGACCAACAUCCGUUUCGACGAUCCCAACUAUACGCUCGUCUUCGAGGGCACCCGCCCUGCGUGCGAACUGGCCCGGCACCUCUACGAUGCCCACCUCACCUAUUUUGAUACCUUUCGAGGCUUUGACGAGACCAUGGAGGACCUCGUUGCCCGCCUUCGGAAGCAGGGCGAACUGCGGGAGUGCAUCUGGCCACCUCCAGUCAUCUCGGCAAAAGGCCGAGGAAAAGGUCGUCCAAGGCCGCCAGAGGGCCGGUCUGUAUCGCCGGCUGCGGAGCGCAAAGCACCGGAGCGCAAAAUGCGGUGGAAUAUGUAA